ACGAACGUGACGGGUGAAGUGAACUUCAGCUAAGCACUUCGAUCUCGUACCGACACUAAUUGGCAGCCGAACAUUCGGGCAGUGCAAUAUUCACAUUGACUUGUGCCACGCGAUUAAUGAUCAAUUUGGGCCUGAAGUUCAUUCAGCAGGACAUAGUUAUAACGCAGCCGAACCACCCUCGUAACUUAAAUAUUUAUACACACCACCAACGGAACGCACGCACUAAGUAUAUGUACUUACAACGCGAGUGGCGCCAACAUAAGUAAAGCAGCGGUGAUAAGAAAGAACCAGCAACAGACACGGAAAACGAAAGCGUACAAAAGAGGAGACACAAUUAUUGAGGGAAUGCAGCUGGAGUGACUCAACUCCCUCAACAAUUGCCGCAGAUGAGGUGAACGAACUAGUGGUCAUCCCGCCACCCGAGCCCUUCCCUCUUCGGCCUCUGCAGCAUCUAUUGACAGACGACCCUCCAUCUCGCUGGCAAUUAAGAAAUCCCUAAUUGGAGAGUUAGAGAGCUGCCGGAGCAGAGGAGGGAGCAUCCUCUCUCAAGAUGCCGUCUCUGCGCCAGAAGGUCACCACCUAUUUCCGUCAGUUGAGCUUCAUCGCGGAGCCUCGCGAGGGUAGGCGGAGGACCAGCGAGCACGAGGAUGAGGACGGUAACUUCAUUACCAAAUAUCUCGAGGGGCGGAUGCAGCGACUGUUUGUUGCGGGUCCGGAGAUUUACAAUGGCCAGAAUCCCACAGAUAUGCCCGUGCUCAAGCUGGGCUCCUAUGAGGCUGGCACCUGCUCCAUAACAGCCGCCUGCACGGGACCGGAUGAGGGUCUGACCGGCAUUAAGCGCUCCAAGCUGCACCUGAGCACCAGCUUUGCGGACGACAUAGACUUUAUAGACACGCAGCAGGAGAACGAUGAUGCCUAUGGUGUUAGGAAGAGUACACCGCCGGCUCCGGUGGUCACACAAAACUCCACUCGAUUGGCCAGUAAAUUCGGACGACCGCCGACCGGAUCCCGGAGACAAAGCAAUGCGGAUCAGCCAUCCGGAUCCACUACUGCUUCUGGAAUGCGCUCCCGCAAGAAUUCCAAGAGCAGCAUAGCCAAUCUGACAGCAGCUUCUGCUGGAACUGAUGCAGGAAAGGCUACCACCAUCGUGGUGAGCAUGGUGAGCGGUGAUCAGAACAACAGAAAUCUCUUGAAUGCAAAGACUGAGGCCUUGGCGAAUGGUGAUUCCAAUUCGGAACGAGAGCGUCUGCUCCGCGAGGCGGUGAGCAAUCAGGGAGGUGCCGCUCCAGCUACGUUGGUUGCCGGCGUGGAGAACUGGCGCAUGGAGUGCGAUUUUGCAUAUGGCAUCUCGGUGUCCCUGUACGAGAACAAUAUGCUGACCAAGGAGCCGAUGGGCAAUCCCAUUGCCGACUGCUAUGGCAUGGUUGUGCGUGGCGAUUCCGCAAUCAUGGCCAUGGCAGAUGGCGUUAAUUGGGGGGAUGGAGCUCGCCUGGCUGCACGGUCGGCUGUGCACGGAUGCCUGGACUACUUGGAUAGGGCGGUGUUCGGUCAGGCGCUGGAGUGCCGAGCCACCACCACCCAGGAGGUAUUUGUCAGUCUGCUGCGGAGCUUGUGGGAGGGACAUGGUUGCAUCUUGGAGGUAGGAGGAGCUCUGUCGACGCUGACCAUUGCCGUGGUGCUGCCGCUGGACGGAGCGCCAGGCAAGUAUGUGGUCUGCGCCUGCAACGUGGGUGACUCUCUGGGCUAUGUGUACUCCAAGAAGCACGGAGUCCGCGAACUUACACAGGCCUCGCAUGAUAUAAGCUCCAUGCGGGACAUGCGCGACGCCUUGGGUGCCCUCGGACCAGCGGAUGGCAACAAGCCCGAGCUUAGCAAUCUCACCUUCACAAUGAGCUGCAUAGAGAGCGGCGACAUUGUGUUUCUCACAUCGGAUGGAAUUAGUGAUAACUUUGAUCCCGUUGUGGGCAAGUUCGCUGAGGCCUGGACGCCGGACGUCAAGCUGCAGUCAUCAGGGCAAGGGAAACCCGUCAAUCUGGCGCCCAAGCGGCAAAACAAGAGUGCCUCGGCCAUCUAUGCCCGUCUGCAUCCAUCAACGCCACCCACGCGACCUGCCCGUCAAUCGAAGGCGGACAGUCCGCCGAGCAAUGCGCCCAGUCGUCCGAAGUACAUGCGAUCGCAAACUCUUAUAGAGCCACGACAGGGACUUGUAUCCGCUCCUACGCCCUCGGUUACGCCACAGCGCAUUCCCAGAUCAAUCUCUGGCUUGCCCCUGGUAACUGGACCUCAGAGACAUGCUCUGACCCUGUAUCGGCUGGAGGACCUGCUCAGCUAUGGCAUCAAUGGCACCUUCUCGCCCUGCUCCUCAGCCCGAAGGCUUUGCCACCUGCUCAUUGACUUUGUUAGGAUGAUAACAUCAGCCAGGAGAAAGACUCUGGAGCAACGGGAACUCUUCUACAAACUUUCUACGGGACCGGAUGGCGCCAAGCGGGAGGUGCAACUGAAUCGAAUGCAACACCGGGCAGCCAGGAAGCGGAUUGUGGACAGCAGUGCCUUUGUGGCUUUGCCUGGCAAACUGGAUCACGCCACUGUGAUGGCCUACACGGUGGGUGGUGGUCAUGGGGACAAUGGAAAUGAGAACGGCGAUGGAGAGGUAGCGGUUUCCCCCGUACUGCAAUCCAAGGAGUUCAAGGAGACGAAUUUCUAAACGCUAGACUGCAGAAAUCAGGCUUUUUAUAAAUUUUUCUCACUCACAUAUGGGUAAUUCUUGCUUAAAUGGUUUUCUUUAUAGUCAAUUAUAGAUUUGUGGAUUAAGUUUGUUAUAUUUUUUUUGUUUUUAAUAAUUUAAACUAUUUAAUGUUACCUAAACCCAAAAAGCACAAAUCAUAUUGUUAGAUUUUCGCCAAAUAUAUAUUAAUUAAUAUCUUUGAGUUUCCAAGAAGAAAAGAACCGCUCAGAGAGCAAUAAACACUUUAAUACUUUGUUAAUUUGCCAAUUUUACUGCCUAAGAUUAAUUUAAUUAUAAUCUGUUUUUAAUUGCCAAUCAAUGUAAAAUAAAUAUGUUAUUGAUCGAACAAGACACUACAUUAAGCCAAGAGUUACCCUUAUGCACACAUUACUACAUAUAUAUAUAUAUUUACAUAUACCAUUUUAUACAUGUAUCUUCAAUAUUCAUAAACUCUCGCUUAAGUUUUGUUGAUUUUGAAUCCGAUACUCCUUAUUUGUCAGCCAUAGAUUUUUAGCCAUUAACUUAUGUACGUGGAUGUGUUAGCUGCAAUCGACAGAAAUGCCUCAAAUGUUUUAAACUACCAAAAAUAAUAAGAUAGCACACACACAAUAAAAUGUAUGUCGUAUUUUUACACUCUCAUUCGAAGUCAACACUAGCUGCAGGGUGCUUUAAUUACCACCAAACUCUCAUACAAUUUGUAAUUCUACAUCACGGCAGCAAAGACAAACUAAAUAAAUAAGAUAAGAUAACGCUUAUACAUUUGAUAUAGAAUCACAGUGGACCCAAAAAUCGUAUAUGCAUCUUAUGUAUUUAUAUUGGCUUUGGUGUCAGCGUAGAAAGUUUAUAACGCACAGCUUAAACUGCAGAAUGGGCUGUGACAAGCGGGCCAGAGCAAUCGAAUAAUUGA